CCAACCAACGCCGCAAAAACCAAAGCUCCCAUCUUUUCCCCUUCCGUCUCCGUCUCCGUCUCCGUCGCCUCGUCUUCUCCGCGAUCCCCAAUCCCUCGAUCCCCGAUCCGCCCGCCCCCAGCCCGGAUCCAGGCGAUGGCGGCCGCGGGAGACGCCGGCGAGAAGAGGAUGGUCACGCUCAAGAGCUCGGACGGGGAGGAAUUCGAGGUGGAGGAGGCGGUCGCCGUCGAGUCGCAGACCAUCCGCCACCUGAUCGAGGACGACUGCGCCGACAACGGCAUCCCGCUCCCCAACGUCAACUCCAAGAUCCUCUCCAAGGUCAUCGAGUACUGCAACAAGCACGUCCAGGCCAAGCCCGCCGACGCCGCCGGACCUGGUGCGUCCGAUGCGCCGCCCCCCGCCGAUGACCUCAAGAACUGGGACGCUGAGUUCGUCAAGGUCGACCAGGCCACCCUCUUCGACCUCAUCCUGGCCGCAAACUUCCUCAACAUCAAGGGCCUACUGGACCUGACCUGCCAGACUGUUGCCGACAUGAUCAAGGGCAAGACCCCUGAGGAGAUCCGCAAGACCUUCAACAUCAAGAACGACUUCACGCCCGACGAGGAGGAGGAGAUCCGCAGGGAGAACCAGUGGGCCUUUGAGUAGAGGAGCAUGUAGGCGAUGCCAUCCGCACUGGAUGAACAAUGCUUAGUAUUAGUCAUGUCUGCAUUUUAUCGCCCUUUUUUAUGGUUGUUUUUGUCUAUCCUACAGUCGGAUGAAAAACAAAUGGGUUUCAGUCAUAGACUGAACCAAAUCAUGCAUAAAUUGGAGUCAGCCUUUCAAACA